AUGCAAGCAGCUGCAUCAACGGCGAUGGGGGCUAACGCUAUCCUGUCCGCUUCCCCUUCGUCUUAUGCCCUCCUUUCCCCCGUUUCGAAACCCGUAGCCGCCAACCACCAACCACCGGCUCUCCGUUCCCUCUUCCAUGGUGUUAAUCUCCCUCUUCGCCAGUCCAUGGCUUCUCUCUCCCUAGCUGCUCCCUCCACCAGGAAGCCCCUCACCGUCGUCGCCGCCGCCACCAAGAAGGCCGUCGCUGUUUUGAAAGGCACUUCCAGUGUCGAAGGCGUUGUCACCUUGACUCAGGAAGACGACGGCCCAACAACUGUAAAUGUUCGUAUCACUGGUCUCACUCCAGGGCUUCAUGGUUUCCACCUGCAUGAGUAUGGGGACACAACGAAUGGCUGCAUUUCAACAGGACCACAUUUCAAUCCCAACGGCUUGACUCAUGGUGCUCCUGAAGAUGAAGUCCGACAUGCGGGCGACCUGGGAAACAUAAUUGCUAAUGCUGAUGGUGUAGCAGAAACAACAAUUGUGGACACACAGAUCCCUCUGAGUGGCCCUAAUGCAGUAGUUGGAAGGGCUUUUGUGGUCCAUGAGCUGGAGGAUGAUCUAGGAAAGGGUGGGCAUGAGCUUAGUCUGAGCACAGGAAAUGCAGGAGGUCGACUUGCAUGCGGUGUUGUUGGUUUGACGCCUAUAUAA